GAGCAACCUGGUCAACUGGAAGUUGUCCCUUCUCACAGCAGAGGGGUGGAACUUGAUGAUUUUAAAGUCCCUUCCAACCCAACCCAUUCCAUUAUUCCCUGAUUUCUCUUUCAACCCCUCCUGGUCUCUUGCAGGUUCAUCUUUGCAGUGUUACAGCUGCUCAUCCCAGCUCAGCAACUCCAAGUGCAUGACAAAGAAGGACUGUGGCGAGAACAACAUGUGCAAGACAGAAGUGAUCCGGGUUGUGGGGCUCUUCAGCCUCAUCAGCAAGGGAUGUGACUCCUCGUGUGAGGCAUCCUACCAGGACUUCAACGUGGGCAACAGGAACAUCUCCUGCUGCAGCAGUGACCUCUGCAACCUCAACGCCGCGGGCACCGUGAGGUCCAGCUACGGGCUGGCCGGAGGCGUCGCGGCCGGAGUGCUCUGGACCAUCCUCAGCAACAAAUUCUGAGGAGCAAAGAUGCCUCCCAUGACCACAGGAAGUCUUGGAGCACCCUUCUAAUAACAGGAAUAGUAACCAGGAGCAGCGGGGUGGGUUGGAGCUGAUGGCAGCUCUUUGCCGUAUGACGGCUUCUGCUUUUGUCUUAUUGCAAAGCUCGAGUGCUACCCUGAUAAGGAAAUGUGUGCUCGUGUUAACUGCAAAACACCUAAAAUAAAGUUAUUUCUCCACCAA